AUGCCCGUAACCAAAGGCAGUCGUAUGCCCUCUUCGGCUGCAUCAAGACCACAAAAAAAAGCCGGCAUCUUGGGCCUUCCCUCGCUGAAAUUUGCAAGCACUAAACUGGACAGCGCUGCACAGGUUUCCUUAGCGUUGACACUCCUGCAUCUCCGACGCACAGGCUUGUUUGGCUUUGUCCCUACCGUAGGGUCCUUCUCUGAACCUUUCGAUACGCCCGAACCGCAGAACUGGUGGGAUGCGAAAAAGGGAGGCCACGAGGCCUUCCUCACUAGCCUCGGCAAAGCGAGCUUUCCCGCGCUUGAGAGCGUCACGUUGUUCAAUCUCUCCCUGUAG